UGUUUUGAUUCGAUAGGGUGGAUUGUCUAAACACAAGUUUACCUCACCAGCAAGACACUCCCAGAUAUCAAAGCACCUUGAAUUUAUUUUACACAAUGGUGCAGUCAAUCUGACAUGUCCAACUGAGAUGGGUAAAAUCUCUUGGGAGGUCGUUGGUAGUAGCGUAGUUGGAGCUCCCAUUGGCUUGCUGUGCCUGCUGUAUAUUGUAUGGGGAUACAGGAAGAAGACCCAAGUCAAGGACAAAGUUGUUCUUAUAACAGGCGCGACAUCUGGAUUAGGAAAAGCAUGUGCAAAGAUCUUCCUGCAAGCUGGCUGCAAUGUGAUCCUGGCGGGUAGGAGUGUUGACAAGCUGAAGGAGACUUCAGAUAGUCUCAGAACUGAGUUAGGAAAGAGUCUGGUGCAUGAUCCAAAGCUUCUGGUGAUGGAUCUGGAGGACGUGCCCAGUCUGGCCGGGAAGGUGAAGGACGCCCUGCGAUUCCAUGGUAGGGUGGACAUCCUGGUCAACAAUGCUGGCAUCAGCUACCGUGGUCAGAUUGAAGACACAGCUCUGGAGGUGGACCGGAAGGUCAUGUUGGUCAACUACUUCGGUCAAAUAGCCAUAACUAAAGCUCUCCUCCCUACCAUGCUGGAUCAAGGUGGCGGUUAUAUAGUCGGCAUCAGCAGUGUACAGGGGAAAUUCUCCAUUCCAUAUAGAUCAGCAUAUUCUGCAUCAAAGCAUGCAUUUCAGGCAUUUUUCGACUGUCUACGAGCUGAAGUUGCUGAUAGAAAUGUUAAAGUUAGCAUCAUCAGUCCAGGGUACAUGUGCACUAAUCUCUCCCAGAAUGCAGUCUGUUCUGAUGGAUCAAAACAUGGAGUGACAGAUCCCACAACAGCAUUAGGUAUGAGCCCUGAGUAUGUAGCGCGACGUGUACUCCAGGCCAUCGAGUUCAACCAGGCAGACGUCAUUCUGGCAACGCUCAUGCCAAAACUAGCCUACUACACCAGGGUCUUGUUUCCAAAAACAUAUUUCUCUUUGAUGAGGUCUCGUGCACGGAAACAGAAAAUAAACUAUUUGAAGAAUAAGUGAUUUGAAGUGUCUGUGUGAGGGGGCACUGUGUGAUUGGUUUGUCAGAAUAAGUUGUUGUUUGAGUGUGUUCAGUAGCCAGAUGUCAAUGUUUCAGUAGCCAAAGUGUCCUUGCUUAAGUAUUUUUUUUCACAUGGAGAUAUUAAAGAUUUUUUUGUCUUCAGUAUCAUGUGUGCUUUGGUCCAGCUGGAUGAGGGAGAUGAAUGGCUGAAGGACUUAAUUAAUGGGUCUCAAGUUGCUGUGCUGUGUGGAGACUGUUAGACUGAAAUCACAGGAUUUAAUGCACAAUUUAGCUCAAUUAUGAUUGAACAAAGUCAUAUUGUCUCAAGUUCUUAAGAAAAAUUAAAUGCGUUCGUACACAUCACUUUAGUUUUCAAUAAAAAUAAUUUAAAGAGACCUUUAAGAAAAAUGUGCCCAAGAUGCAUUUAAUUGUUUUCA